AUGGUCGUCUUCAGCAAGAUCACCGCCGUUGCGGCCGGUUUCUCCACUCUGGCUGCGGCAAUGCCCACGCUGAACCGUCCCAAUGUCAAGUCGUUCAGUCUCAGCCAGUCUGCCAUUCCUCGCCAGCAGAAGAAUUUCAACUUUGCUGCGACCUACGCGAAGACUCUGGCCAAGUAUGGCGGCCAGAUCCCUGCGUCUCUCAAGGCUGCCGCCGAGAAAGGAAGUGUCAACACUUACCCUGAACCCCAGGACGCCGAGUACCUCACUGCUGUCGACGUCGGUGGCACUACCUUGAACCUGGACUUUGACACUGGCUCGGCUGAUCUCUGGGUCUUCUCUGCCGAGCUUCCCUCCAGCGAGCAGUCUGGCCAUGCUAUCUACAAGCCAUCCGGCAAUGCCACCAAAAUGAGCGGAUACUCGUGGAGUAUCUCCUACGGUGAUGGUAGCUCCGCCAGUGGUGAUGUCUACAAGGACACCGUCACUGUCGCUGGCAUUACGGCCCCCCGGCAGGCUGUUGAGGCUGCCAGCACGAUCAGCUCGGAAUUCACCCAGAACAAGAACAACGACGGUCUGUUGGGUCUGGCUUUCAGCUCCAUCAACACCGUCCAGCCUAAGGCCCAGACCACCUGGUUCGACACCGUCAAGGAGGAUCUGGAUUCCCCUCUUUUCGCAGUGGCUCUGAAGCACAAUGCCCCCGGCACCUUUGACUUUGGCUACGUCGACAAGUCCAAGUACACUGGUUCUCUCACCUACGCCGACGUGGACAACUCCCAGGGCUUCUGGCAAUUCACCGCCGAUAGCUAUUCUGUUGGCUCCCAGAGCGGCUCUGAGUCCAUUGUUGGCAUUGCUGACACUGGUACCACCCUCCUCCUCCUCCCCGACGAUGUCGUCGAAGCCUACUACAAGCAGGUCGAGGGAGCCGAGAACGACUCCCAGGCUGGCGGCUACGUCUUCCCCUGCGACUCUCAACUCCCCAGCUUCACCGCGGUCAUCAACGGCUACUCCGCCGUUGUCCCCGGCAGCCUGAUCAACUACGCCUCGGCUGGCGACGGUUCGAACAACUGCCUCGGCGGCAUUCAGUCCGACCAGGGCAUCGGCCAGGCCAUCUUCGGCGACAUCUUCCUCAAGAGCCAGUACGUUGUGUUUGACGCUGAUGGUCCCAGACUCGGAUUUGCCCCUCAGGCAUAA